AUGGUGGAAGUUGAGUUAGAUAAACCUUUUCCACAGAAAGUUGCUGCUUGGGAUAAGCAAGGGAACUUUUCUUUGGUUGAUGUGGAAUACUCUUGGCUUCCUACAUCAUGUGAGAGAUGUGGUCAGAUUGGGCAUAAAUCAAAGAGAUGUUUAUCUAUUUCUGGUCUUAAGGCAGCUACACCAGCUACUGAGAGAAAGGAUUCAGUAGUCGCCCAUGUCUUUGAAUCACCUACUGAUGCUUCACAACCCGAAAUGAAUAUUCAUAAAGUCAUAGAUGUCUCUUCAGAAACAUCACAGGAAGCUGCUGUGGCUAAAAGAGAUGCAACACUUUCAGAUAUUCUAAUCCCAUCUCAAGCUAAAGAAGCUAUGUCAAUGGCAACGAUACAAGCAUCUAACUCUCAAAGAUGUAUUUCGCAUGCUCCUGUUUCAGACCAGCCAGCUACACCAAAAGAUGAUACAUCUUGCAUAUGUGAUGAGGUGAUUGAAAAAAUUAAUUCUACUGAUAUGGAUGAUCUGGUUUCUGUAGCUACUAUUUCAGUGCUAGAAAACUUGUAUGAGUCACCAACAGUUAUUUGUGUCAAUGAAACAAUUGAGUCUCCGCUUACGGAGUCUGCCCUAAUAAAGCAACACACAGAGUCUUUAGUCAUUCAAACCUCAGCCGAGGUUUGCAAGGAAAGUAGCAGAAUGCAGAAGAUUGAUUUGGGCUCAAAUCAGUUUGCCUCUUUAACUUCCUUAGAAGGAGAAAAAGAAUAUCAAUUGGAAUUGGAUGAAAGUUCUGGUCCAAUAGAACUUUUGACACUUUCAGAGAAAAGACUCCUUCGAGAAAGACCGGUUGAACCCUCAGCAAAAGGUAUGGAAUGGCAAUUGCAAUCCACGUCUCGCGGACGAGGAAAUAGAGGACGUGAAAACCGUGGGAGACUACGGUAG